CUGACGGCAGUCAAUGACUCAAUGCAGUAUUUUGCUUUGGAGCAAUAUUAUACGUAUACUUUGAAUAAAUACUUUCAGCUACCAAGCGAAGGUCGAAAUCAGAGUCGAAUCAUGAAUUCAAAGUCCAAGAACUGUGGGAAAUGAGAGGAGGUACAUGGAUCAAACCGACUUUUGGUGUAGCUCUAGGGGCAACAGUAAUAGACGACGCGGAAGGAUCAGUAAGUAGGGGGGCUACAAGGCUCUAUAGGAUACUAAUGGUAGAGGCCACCCACCCCAUGUGGGAACUUAGAUGCCAGAGGUGCAUCGCCAGAGGAGACGACUGCGCAGAGAAGUGGCGUACAGCAAACGAGAUCCGGAAUAACUGGCUUGAAUUAAUAAACCAGAGACUUACUCUGAAUAGGCUGACUGCUGACCGUAGAAAAUAUGGGACAAAAGCAAUGAAACGCAAGAUGGUACUGCUCACAUGGAAGGGAACGUUAAAAGACGAGAAGUCAGUACCGGAUGAGUGGAUAGAUCAGUAUGGGGUUUUAAUGGGUAUAGAGCCAACCCGUGGGAGCGGCAGGCAUCGAGUCCCACACUAGUUCGGCGAGCUGUGCGCAACUGCAUUUCCCCGUGAAGAGAUCCGGCCUGACAGUCUUACCAACCCUCCAUCGAACGCCAAACUACGAACGGGGCUAGCCCCCAUACCCAAGCGGGUGGAUGGGACCAACAUAGUUGAUUGCCCUCUGCCGUACGCUGUAGCUCAGGUACUUACAGGACCCUUCCUUUUGCCUGUGCCUGUCCUCCCAUAGCACGGUCAUAAUGAGUUGGUGUCAAAUAUUGAAUAAAUUUCGCGGCAACUUGUUAUUCAAAGACCAUGCGGACGGUAUGAUCUA